UGAUCUACUUUUACGCUUAAUUAAAUAGUAGGAGAACGCUGAAUGUUAUAUAUUACAGCUUACCGCCUCCUUCCCCAUCACACACGCCACUCACACUCCAUACGUUUAUCCAAGCGAACCAGAAUCCGUCUCGCAGAUCAACCAAAUGGGUUUGAAGGAAGAGUUUGAUGAACAUGCUGAGAAAGCCAAGACCCUUCCAGAGUCAACAACCAAUGAGAACAAGCUCAUCCUCUAUGGGCUAUACAAGCAAGCCACCGUUGGAGCAGUGACCACCAGCCGCCCAGGAAUGUUCAAUAUGAGGGACAGAGCAAAGUGGGAUGCAUGGAAGGCUGUUGAAGGGAAAUCCAAGGAGGAAGCUAUGGGCGACUACAUCACGAAGGUGAAGCAGCUGCUUGAAGAAGCUGGAGCUUCUACUUGAUGCUUUCGUAAGGUUGGGUUGAUCAGGGCAAUUAUUGAGAGCGAAUAGUAGCUGACAUUGUCCUUCUUGGCAACACGGGUAAAAGUAACACUACUCUGAUCCUUCCUUAUAACGAGUCAUUCCUUCCCUCUUACAUACUUU